AUGGAUCGAGGCUGCUACAACUGCGGUGACCCUUCUCACCAGGCUCGUGAUUGUCCGAAGAAAGGAACUCCAACCUGCUACAAUUGUGGAGCCGAAGGUCACGCGGCAAUGAAGGACAUCUUGCUCGUGACUGCCUGCAGUCCGUUGCCAUUGGUGGUCCAGGAGGUGGCUGGGGUACAGGCGGAAAUACAUACGGUGGCGGCUCGUCUCGAGAAUGUUAUCGUUGCGGUGGACAAGGUCACAUUGCACGUGACUGUACUUCUGGUGGUCAAGGCGGCUUCGGGGGUGGUUUCAACCGUGGUGGUGGCGGUCAAACCUGCUAUUCCUGCGGUGGCAUUGGUCAUAUGUCACGGGACUGCACACAGGGCCGAUCUCAAAAAUGCUACAAUUGUGGCGAACAAGGUCACUUGUCUCGAGAUUGUCCUUCCGAACCAAGCUCCGAGCGCAUCUGCUACAAAUGUGAGAUCAAACUCCUCCCAUUCCCUAUUGGCGAAAGAGACUCUGACCACAGCUGCAGGCAAGCAACCAGGACAUUUGCAGUCUGCUUGCCCCAAUUAG